UGCAAGGACGGACACCAGUCACUCUCUCUCUCUCACACAGCAGGCGAGCGAAUCGGCGAAUCCAAGUAAACGCGGAGGCGGAGCUAGGGAGAGACAGGCGCGACCGGCGAGGCGAAGCAGCCACCGAUCGGAACCGCGGUGUAGGAGGCGGAGGGAUCCGGGAGGCAGGGAUGGUGGGCCUGGUCGGCGGCGGCGCGCGGGUGGGGAGGCUCGGAGGCGAGCCGGUGGCCAACGGCGUUGGCCCGGGAGGAGAGGCGGAGCACGUACGGCGGCUGCACUGCCACGCGCCGGCCGAGCACCAGUGUAGCUCAACCCUCGUCAAGCACAUUAAGGCCCCCGUCCACCUCGUUUGGGAGCUGGUGCGGAGCUUCGACCAACCGCAGCGGUACAAGCCAUUCGUCAGCCGCUGCGUGGUGCGCGGCGGGGAGCUCGAGAUCGGCAGCCUGCGCGACGUCAACGUUAAGACCGGCCUGCCGGCGACCACCAGCACCGAGCGCCUCGAGCGGCUCGACGACGACGAACACCUACUCUGCGUCAAGUUCGUCGGCGGCGACCACCGCCUCAAGAACUACUCAUCCAUCAUAACCGUCCACCCGGAGAGCAUCGACGGGAGGCCAGGGACACUUGUGAUCGAGUCCUUUGUGGUCGAUGUGCCCGACGGCAACACAAAACACGAGACCUGCUACUUCGUCGAGGCUGUGAUCAAGUGCAACCUUAAAUCUCUCGCAGAGGUAUCCGAGGGGCUAGCCGUUCAGUCACCUUCAUCUCCGCUCGACCCAUAGUGUACUCACCGGUACAGACAUGCGAAUCGGCAUGCAUAAGAAGCUUCAAAGGCUACCUGGAAAGUUCGAUGUUUUUCAGACUGGUAGUUUUUCCAUCGUCUUUCGGAUAUACAUCUCUUGGAAGGAUUAGUCGUGUGUACGAUGAAGUAUCUAUAGUAUCUAGCCAGUGAUUGUUUAACCUUUAGGAACUGCACCUAGUUACCUUACGUUUAUGUAUGCAUACUGCUAGUAUCUGUAGAAAAUAGCGUGGAGCGUUUUUUCGCCUCUUUUGGUGCAUGGAGAUCGAGUUCUUUUCUGCAUUCGAGAUGGCUACUGUAUUUGUGUCCUUGGAUAGACUUCCAUUGACACUUAGGGCUUGUUAGACCUUUGAUUUGGUUUGAUUUCAGAAUGCGAUGUAUUAUACACACCACAUGGAAGAGAGUUCGUCUUUUAAUGGUAUCAAGAUGGAACUGGAUACUUUGGCUCUA